GCUACAAUGCAGACACAUCUUUUCUUAUUUAUUUUCUUAUUUUUCAUCUUAUUUGAAAUGUCUUAUUCUAAAACUACAGACACUGAACAGAACAAGUGCCAAGUUUAUUGCGUGAAAUCUCUGCUAUGCGCUGCCAUAUUAGUCCUGGAACUUCUUUUAUUGCUAUAUUAUUUUCUUCGCAAAAAAUAUAAGGAGUGUAAAAAGGAUAUUGAGGCUCCUGAAAUUUCAGAUAAUACUGCACUUCAUGGAACACAAAAAGGAGGAAGCAAAACACCUAUUAAAGCAGAAGUGAAGUAUGAGAAUGAAACUGGCAAAGAGGUCACUGAGACGAAAGAAGACAAAACAGAAGCUGAGAAAGAGGUCUCUGAGAAUAAUCCUGAAGUCAAAAUGGAUAGUGACAAAGAGGUCUCUGAGAGGAAAGAAGAAGAAAAACUGGAAUCAAACAUCUUAGAAGAAAAUGCUUCUGACAAAAAAGAGACAAAAAAGAGAAAGUGGAAGAUUGGGAAAUUGAAAUGGAUGACAAAGAGGUUUCUGAGAGAAAAAGAAGGAGAAAAACUGGAAUCAAACAUCUUAAAAGAAAAUGCUUCUGCCAAAAAGGAGACUAAAAUGAGAAAGUGGAGAAUCUGGAAACUGAAAUGGAAGAGAAAAAAAGAACAAAGUGAAAAAGGAGCAAGUGGCAGAGAUAAAGAAAUAAUGGCUGAGAACAUAAAAGAGAUAUGUACUUGCAAGAAAGACAAACUACGUAGAAUUUUGAGCAGGUCCGGACUGAGAAUUAAAAUAGGCCCUGUCAUUUCAGGUACACAGAGGCCCAAUCAGCCCUCACAGAGGCCCAAUCAGCCCCCACCAGCCCACUAAAUAGUGAUUUUCUAUGGUACCUUA